AUGGAGGCCGUCCGAAAGCUACAGUGCCAACCAGUCGGCGACUUUCGAACUGACCUGGUGCUAUCAGGUCUUGCCAUCAGCGGUGGGGUUGAUUCCAUGGCAUUGGCUACUCUUUGCUCUCAGAUGCAUUCUAGCUUUUCUAACACCACAAACUCUCUAAACCUCGAGAACGAGAAGCAUGUCUCUUCGCUAGAUAUUCUACGCCAAGUAACCUUUAGAGCAUUCGUAGUAGAUCAUGGAGUUAGAGCCGGCAGUGCAGCUGAGGCUCAAGCUGUCGCCAAGGUCCUGGAGGAACAAGGUAUUGAUGAGAUUUGA